CUCAAACCGGAUCGAACUGACUUGGUUGGUGGUUGAAGAUGACUGAAACGCCAUCAAUCGAGAUUGAUUGAUAUUAUUUUUGUUGGGUUGAUGUUGGCUAAUAGUUUUUUUUGGUUAAUGUUACACUUUUCAUAAUUAUGUUUUUAGUUGAUGCAGUUAAUAUAUUUUGGUUGUUCAAUUUUUUUUACAAAACAUCAAAUUUUUCUUUAAAACUUUUUACUGAAAAAAUUGAACCAUCAACGCGAGGUCUGGGUUUGGAUGAAUGGUUGAGAUCUGGGUAUUGGUGAAGGGUGAAGGGUUUGGAACACAUGAUUGGUUUUUCAGCCGUGAGUCAUUGUCUAUCUGGCUCUCCGCUGCAAUUUGUUGCUUCACGUUUAGUUGGCCCAAAGUCACGAAGUCCCCUGUCGGAUCUGAACCUCAAAGCCACAAAGUUGGAUCGUAUGAGAAGAAGAAGAAGAAGAAAAGGGGGAGGAAUAAUCGAAAGAAAGAAGGAAAGGGAAAAAAAGUUUAGGGAUUUUGAUUUUUUUAAUUUUAAUCAGAUUUUUGUUUUAAUAUGUAAGAAAAAAUUGUGAUAUGUAAUAACAAAGUGGUAAUGGAAAUGGAAUUUAGAAAAACACAAAAUCCAAAAGACAAAAAACAAAAGUAAGGGAGAAGGAGGUUACAACAGACCCUUAUUGUGAGUUGGUUGUGAUCUGUGGCGGAGUGAGUUGUGGAGCGAGCAGUGUGUGACUAUACUAUGUUUGGUUGUUUUAGAAUAGAAUUGUAGUUGUUCGUUGUAGUCAUAUGCUUUGUUUGGAUUUGGUGAAAGUAAAAGACAGACUUCAGGAGGAUGUGGGGAUUAUGGAUCCUCAUCCUUUCACCACGUCUUUCCCUUUUGAUUUUCAGGACAAAGGAGAACAAGACACUUGUCACUAUACUGUUGCAUUACGGGCACCAAAUGAUUGGUAUCUUUCUUAUAGAGUUGUUUCUGUAUCAUCAAUGCCCUCUGGCAGAAGUAUGCCACCAACUGCUCAAGGGGUUUCACUUUCUCCACCUUCUACUACUAUCACUGAGAUUAUGCCCCAUCAACCAUCCAUUUCUAUUCCCGACACUGAGAUUAUGCCCCACCAACCAUCCAUUUCUCUUCCCGACACUGAGAUUCUGACUAACACACCUCUCCUUCAGCUAGCUAAAGAAUCCAAAGUUGCUGGUAAACGACCAAUGGUUGGAACCAUUCAACCAGUAACUAAAGUGUCAAAGGUUAUCUCAUCUACCACUCCAGAGAAAGACUCUCUUACGGUUGCUUCCAAAUCAGCUAGGGUGGACUUCAAUAAUAAGAAUUCUAAAUAGGCUUAGUUGUGGUCAGAGUCUUUAAGGAGUAAUCUAUCAUUGAAUUUACUUGUUAUUAUUUAUGUUUUAUUUUAUUAUGUCCUUAAAAGAUUGCUUUUUAUUCUAGGUUUGCUUUAAUUUCAUAUUAAUAGGGGUUCUAGUUUAUGCUUUUGUGCUAAGUCGGUGAGUCCAGUUGCUCAGUUUCUAUGUAUGUUGGUUAUCAAUGGUUCUGUUGUAAUCUUUCUAGAAAUGUAUUAUGUUGUUUGUUUAUAUAAAAUAUUAUCCAUUUUUCUUGUUCAUCUUUCUUGGUUUACUCACCUUUAUCUUUUCU